UAGAACCGAAUGGCAAAACUCCGGUAGCAGAGCCGGGUCGUUAAGGGUUUUAUCGGAUUAGGGUUUUAGAUAGUGCUGGGCUCGACUCUCGAGCUCGUCAUCGUCGACGAUGACUAGAUCCAGCGUCGCCCGCAUCUUUUCCUCACUACGCCGCGGGGCGAAUUGGAGAAGCGGUGCCCGUUUCCCAGCCAUCGCCCUUUUCUGGAUCGAAGAUGAAGCCUGCGGGGGAUGGCGGGGAUUCUCAACAGCGGGUCUGGCCCGCGCCAAGGAGGAGAAGGAGGCUUGGUGGAAGGAUACGUUGGAUAAGGUGAGGAACAUCGGGAUAUCGGCUCACAUCGACUCGGGUAAGACGACGCUUACUGAAAGGAUUCUCUUUUACACCGGUCGGAUCCACGAGAUUCAUGAGGUGAGAGGUCGGGAUGGUGUUGGUGCUAAGAUGGACUCCAUGGAUCUCGAGCGGGAAAAGGGAAUCACCAUCCAGUCCGCUGCUACUUACUGCACCUGGAAAGAUUAUCAGGUUAAUAUAAUUGACACCCCGGGCCAUGUGGACUUUACUAUUGAGGUUGAGAGGGCUCUUCGCGUUCUUGAUGGUGCCAUACUUGUCCUUUGCAGCGUUGGUGGUGUGCAGAGCCAGUCUAUAACCGUUGAUCGCCAGAUGAGAAGAUAUGAAGUUCCAAGGGUUGCUUUUAUCAAUAAGUUAGAUCGUAUGGGAGCAGAUCCUUGGAAAGUUCUAAGUCAGGCAAGAUCCAAGCUUCGGCACCAUGCUGCAGCAGUUCAAGUUCCAAUUGGAUUGGAAGAGGAGUUUCAGGGUCUUGUGGAUCUUGUUGAAAUGAAAGCUUAUUAUUUUCAUGGAUCCAAUGGUGAGGAUAUUGUUGCAUCUGAUGUCCCCUCAAAUCUUGAGGCUUUGGUCUUGGAAAAGCGACGUGAACUUAUAGAAGUUGUUUCUGAAGUUGAUGAUCAGCUUGCUGAUUCUUUUCUUAAUGAUGAGCCCAUAUCAUCAGAUGACCUCAAGAUGGCUAUCCGUAGGGCUACAGUAUCACGAAAAUUUGUGCCCGUUUAUAUGGGAAGUGCUUUUAAGAACAAGGGUGUACAACCUCUUCUUGAUGGGGUAAUUAGCUUUUUGCCCUGCCCUACUGAAGUUGAAAAUCAUGCCCUGGACCAGGAUCAGGCUGAAGAGAAGGUUCUGUUAUCUGGAAGUCCAGCUGGACCUCUUGUUGCUCUGGCUUUCAAAUUAGAAGAGGGUCGCUUUGGCCAGUUGACUUAUUUAAGAAUAUACGAAGGUAUUAUAAGAAAGGGUGACUUCAUCAUCAACAUAAAUACAGGGAAAAAGAUCAAGGUUCCUCGUCUAGUUCGUAUGCAUGCUAAUGAAAUGGAGGACAUUCAAGAAGCUCAUGCUGGGCAGAUUGUAGCAGUCUUUGGCAUUGAUUGUGCUUCAGGGGACACAUUCACCGAUGGGUCUGUGAGGUAUACUAUGACAUCUAUGAAUGUUCCUGAGCCAGUUAUGUCAUUGGCUGUUUCACCUAUUUCUAAAGAUUCUGGAGCACAGUUCUCGAAAGCUCUUAAUAGAUUUCAGAAAGAGGACCCUACUUUUCGUGUUGGUUUGGAUCCAGAAAGUGGGCAGACUAUCAUUUCUGGGAUGGGGGAGCUGCACUUGGAUAUUUAUGUUGAGCGCAUUCGAAGGGAGUAUAAGGUUGAUGCACAAACUGGAAAACCUCGUGUAAACUUUAGAGAGACAAUAACACAGCGGGCAGAAUUUGAUUACUUGCAUAAGAAACAGACUGGGGGUCAAGGCCAAUAUGGACGUGUUUCUGGAUAUAUCGAACCUCUCCCAUCAGACGCAACUAUGAAAUUUGAAUUUGAGAACAUGAUCAUUGGACAAGCUAUUCCGUCAAACUUUAUUCCUGCCAUCGAGAAAGGGUUCAAGGAAGCCUGCAACUCGGGUUCAUUGAUAGGGCACCCCAUUGAGAAUAUUAGAAUAGUCUUGACAGAUGGUGCUUCACAUGCUGUUGAUUCUAGUGAACUUGCUUUCAAGUUGGCAUCUAUCUAUGCUUUGAGACAGUGUUAUGCUGCAGCAAAGCCCGUUAUACUGGAACCUGUUAUGAAGGUGGAAGUGAAAUUUCCAACUGAGUUCCAGGGCACCGUUACUGGUGAUGUUAACAAGAGAAAAGGAAUCAUUGUUGGAAAUGAUCAGGAGGGUGAUGAUACUGUAAUUGUUGCCCAUGUACCAUUGAAUAAUAUGUUUGGUUAUUCAACCUCCUUGCGUUCGAUGACCCAGGGGAAAGGCGAAUUCACCAUGGAAUACCUGGAGCACUCUGCAGUUUCCCAAGAUGUACAAACGCAGCUUACCAACACCUACAAGGCUAGCAAGGGAACAACGGAUUAAUGCUUCGUUUGGGAUGACUUUUUUUACUGCUUUUGAAGGCAGAUUUCUGAUAAAAUAAAAUAAAAUUUUGUACUAGAAAUUUGUUUUAAGAAGCAGUAAGAAAGCCAUCCCAAACGAAGCCAAAGUUAUACAUUGUUUAUGCUAUUCUUAUUCAGAGGCGUCAAAUUACAGAAACAGCUAGGGUUCUUACAGCAAAUUACAUAAAAGUUGUAACGGCUGAUCUUUUUUUUUUUUCCCUUUUUUUAGUGCGAUGAGAUGCAAUUUAUAUGGGACUUUGAUACGGUCAUGUCCCACUUGAUUAAUCCCUCUUUGAGAGGAUCUGUAUGUGCCUAUUUGACGCUGAUUUACUCUGUAAUAAGUUCACCAUAAUUUUGAUUGAUUAAAUGAGUAAUCUAUAUGUAGCGCUAA